UGAAGGAUAAACUGAAACUUUUACAGAUUUUACAACUCCUGUCGUUGCGUUUUGAAUCUUUCUUAAACGGUCCCUUUUUUCCAGGAAUUAUUGUAUGUGAAGAUGUCCUAAUCGUGUCCUUAGCGCCAGAUAGGACAGAUAAUGGCUAUUUAGUGUACUUCCGGGUACCGAAUCUGAUACCAACGUCCAAAGAUGACCCUUUGACCUUCAGUUUCACAAACACAACAAGCGUUAAGGAGCUGGACUACGAUCCACUUGUCAAAACACUUUUUAUGAUCGACAUUUUAUCUAAUUUGUACAUAACGGAAAACUUUACCGACAAUAUUCAAGCAAGCAGACUCACAGAUAAUGUAAUUAAUACAUCUUCAUCACAAUCGUCAAAAAUAGCCAUAGACUGGAUAUCAAAAAACAUCUACCACAUUGAUCCAUCGUACAACUGGAUCAUCUUAAAGCCCCUCAACGCUGUCCAUAGUUCAAACAGAAAAACCUUGAUUGAUGGACUUGUACUGCCCAAAGCCAUUGCUGUGGAUCCAUUAAAUGGGUACUUAUUCUGGUCGUCAGAACAUAGCGGAAGAUCUGCCAUAUGGACGUCGACACUCUCUGGCAGUAACCAGACGCUGCUGAUGCCUGAUCUUCUGUUGGUCACUGAUAUUGUUUUAAUUGACACGGAGAGACGAAUCUACUGGCUAGAUAUCGGGAGGGGGACGCUGGAAACGUGUGGAUACGAUGGAUCGAAUAGAAGGGUUCUGAGAAGGUCACCCUCUUUACUGAUGUCUAUGAGUGGCCUCACGUUACACAAGGAUGUCAUUUGUUUCACUGUACAGUUAGCCUACUUUGUGGAAUGUAUCGACAAGCAUACUGGACAAUCUGUGUGGGAACACUUGUUUCAAUGGCCAAAGGAUGGCAAAUACGAAUACAAGAUACCCCAGGCAUUGAGAUUUCUUGAGGGCACUAAACAAGACAACAGAUCAUCAUUCUGUGAAGACAAGGAUUGCGAGUAUUUGUGCAUUGCUUCUAAAGAGGGCGGGGCCACAUGCAUGUGUCCGGACGGAUUCACUUUGGAUGAAAGUGGAAUAAACUGUACACAAAACACAAUUUUACAUCAGAAAUCUCUUCUGCUUUUGAACUCAUCAUCAAUCUGUUUUGUGGACGUCCUUGCGCUAACCGGAUUGCCGAUACACGUGGAGUGUAUAUUGCAUUGGAACAGAUCCAUAUCGCACUUCGUGGUCGAUGCCCAUCAAGAUAAGAUUUGUUUUGAGGACAAUGACGACAAGAAGUUAAUGAUGUUGGACAUGAAGUCGGGAGUAACGACAGAUCUGAUGUCUGUGUCCGGGGUAUCGGGUUUAUGUGUUGAUUGGGUAAAUGGCAACAUUUAUUGGUCGGAGAAGAAUUCAGGACUGAUCAUGUUCAUUAACGAAAGAUUCCCAAUGGAGAUGCCGAUUUUUCAAAACGUUGAUCAUCCAUUUUCACUAACGAUAGAUCCACUGAACAGAACCUUGUACUGGAUUAGCGGGACCGUGGGAACUUUUCAAAUCGAGGCUGGAACUUCUGACGGAAACGAAAAGUGGACAGCUGUAAACACCAUCCACCUGAAAUACCCUGACGAAUUGUUCGUCGAUGUUACAAGUAACAGGUUAUUUUGGAAAGACAUUGAUGGUGUAUACUCGAUGAAUUUGGAAAACUGCGAGUUACAGUCUUUUCCUUCAAACAGCAUCAGAUCGUUUACAAAAUACAAGAACUAUCUAUUACUAUUGAAAAACGAAGGAGAAGUUCGCGUUUCAGACAUCAAAGCCCCAGGAAUUCACAGACAGCUAAAUAUGCCUGUCUUUACAAAUGCCAUUGUUUACGAUAAAUCUGAACAACCAUUGGCUAAAGAUCACUGUAGUGUGAGAAAUGGUGAUUGUGAACAUACAUGUAUUCCAAAUCCAGACGGGACACGAGAUUGUAAAUGCCGCCUGGGGUUUAAAAUGAAGACGGACCAGAAAUCCUGCGAGUCUUUUCCAUUACAGAGCAGCUUUGUCUUGACUGUUGACUUUACUCACGCAACCAUUUUCCAAGUGUCAAUGGUCGAUGCUAAUGUUGUUGCAAUUGAUGUCAACGAGACAAUCCGCCCAGUGAAUGCGAUCUUCCACCCCCGUAAACACGACCUGAUCUACUCUGAUGCGAUGUUCAGAGAGAUACGGCAGCUGUCAAUGUCAGGCCACGAGUCUAUAACACUGACUCAUACAGGUCAAUUCGAACCUCACGCCCUGGUGAUUGAACCAUCUACUGGACAUCUUAUAUACUCCGCCGUCAGCACCAAGUCUUAUAUCGGAAUACUAAACAUAGAAACAAAGGAACGGAAAACGGUAGUUCCCGGAUUGACGUCGGUUUACAACAUUGCUAUACAUCCAAAGAAGGGAUAUCUGUUUUGGUCCGACCUCGUCUACUCGGCUUCCUACAUCGGGCGUUCCUAUCUGGAUGGCUCUGCAAUGAUCAACCUUAUUUUCAACGACAUAUCGCAGCCCAACAGCCUGACUCUGGAUUAUAGAAGGGAUUUGCUGUACUGGACGGAUGGAGAACUGAGCACGAUUAACUACUGCGAUCUGGACGGAGGAAGCCGUGGGGUUUUACUACAGGGCAACAGACAGAAGUUCAUGCAGUUUGAUAUCAGUGGAGAUUAUUUUUAUUACACUUCCUUAGACGAUCAGAAAAUAACAAAAGCCUCUUUAUCAAAUGCAAAAGAGGUCACGUGGAUGAGUUAUUUAGCAAAUUUUGGAAAACUUCAAUCGCUGAAAGCGUAUGGAGAAAAUAUUAUACCAGUCAAUGACGUGUGCUCCGUAGCUAAUGGCCGGUGCAGCACAUUCUGUCUGCCUUCCUUCAGAUAUCGCAAAUGCGCAUGUCCAGAUGGAGUGAAGCUUCUAGCUGAUAAAAGGACCUGCAGUGGAGUUGUGAAAUGUCCAGAGGAUAUUCCAAAUGGCCAGUUGAAAUCCGAAUGUGCACCUUAUAUCGGUAAUACCUGCACUUACACGUGCAAUCCGGGCUUCACGGCGCGAGGCUCCAGCCAGAGGAUUUCGUGUCUGGGAACCUGGAACGUGUCGUCCUUGGAUACACUAUGUGUAAAAGUGCCAACCCAGCGUCAGAACACAGACCCGACCAAUGACGGUGCCAUUGCGGGGGGCAUUGUGGCCGCCAGUUUAGCGGUCACUCUUGUGUUGGUCCUCAUUAUUAUUUUCCUGUGUCGCAGAGCUAGUGAUUCUCCUUCCCCAGACUCGGGUGCCAUUCACUACACCUAUGGAACUCACGUAAACGGGAACCUCAGCGGGACUAGGAAAGUGUCAAGGGUCACCAUUGAGGAAGUGGCUUCUAAUAGUCGAUCCAGUUCAUGACAACUUAUUGUUUAUUUUUGCAGAAAAUGUUAAUGAAUUAAAAAGAGUUCAGAUA